AUGGCCAAGUUCAACGAUCUGGCUACGGAGUUGCGCCUCAUGAUCUGGGAGAUAUAUGCCCUACCUGAUGCUCCACUCCUGCACGUCAUAUCGAGCACGAAGCGCCAACUCACCUCCUUCAACAUGCUGAACUGCAAACACAUACCGACGAUCAGAAGCCUCAUGCAGGUCAAUCAAGAGUCCAGACAAGCAGUGCUUGGAAGCCGCCAGUUGGUACGGUUCCCCGGUGGCUCUGCUUGGGCUGCGUUCUACGGCGUUGGUCAACAACGGUCUGGAUGUUCGUCUCCAGCCUUGCAGAUCCUGUACCCCUUCUUCUUCGUGAACUGGGAGAAGGACAUGUUCUUGUUGGAUGAUCACCCUGACUGGUUUCCCACGUGGCCCAUUUUCAACACCAACGUCAGGAACAUGAAUAUUGAUGCCUUAGCGCACCAAGGGACCUACUGGCUAGGGCCGCCAGGCUACGGGCUUACCUUUGGUGAAACAAUGGACCGCAUGUUGCCCUGGAAUCAGCUCGCGUCCCUUCGGAGGCUGUCAUUGGUGUUCCGUCGUGGUGUUGUACGCAUAGAGUGUUCAGCGCCCCGGCCCGAGAGAAACGAGUUCGGCUUCGACCUAUGGAAUGGGGAAACGGAACACCACAUCAUGCCCCUCGAGGAUUAUGUCUCUGACAUCAUAUCAACCGCACGGGAGCAUCUUCCUGACCAAGACGCCAGGGGCUACCAGGUUGAUGUUGUCAUGGAACGCAUUGAUAUGCAUAUGAGAGAUGGGAAACAGCCUCCUAUCCUGAACCUGGGCUCGCCGGAGAUCCUCUCAGAGUGGAGUGUUUGUGAGCAAGUUUGGCAGCAGUGA